AUAUUGAGAAUGUGGGCCUCUAUCUUGGCACUAUGUCUCGUGAAUCUUCAUUUGUCGUCCGCUCUAUCGGGAGAGGAGAUAGCUAAGCAGCUGCGCUCUUCGCUGUCCCCAGAAUCUGGUAUCUACCUACCGAACGAUACUGAAUGGCAGUCAAAAGUGCUCCAGCCAUGGAACCAGUGGAAGGCUCCAGUUUUUAAGCUUUCUGUCAAACCAAACGAGCAACAAGAUGUACAGAAAGUAAUUCAAUAUGCGAAAAAGCAGAAGAUACCGUUUUUCACAGUGGGCGGAGGCCAUGGCUACAGCGAAACUAGAAGCAAGUGCAAAGAUGGGAUUCAGAUCGACAUGGGAAACUUCAAAAGCGUGUUUGUAGAUGCUGAGAAGAACACAUUGACUAUCGGUGGAUCAGUACGCUUCUCCGAACUUGCUGGCCCCGUCUACGCUGCGAAGAAAUCUAUAGUCGUGGGAACCUGUUCCUGUGUCGGUAUGGCUGGUGCCACCCUCGGUGGUGGCAUCGGCUUCUACUCGGGCUUUUACGGCGCCAUAUCCGACUCUCUCAUCUCGGUCAGUAUGAUCAGUGGAUCUGGUGAUAUCGUGACCGCGUCCGAGACGGAAAACAGCGAUCUACUCUGGGGAAUGCGAGGCGCAGGGUUCAACUUUGGCGCCGUUACAUCUCUUACAUAUAAGGUGUACGACUCUCCAAACGAGGGGAACGCAUUAAACACUGAUAUGCUCUUUCCUAUCAGCCAGAAUGGAUCUGUCUGGGAGGUCGUGAAAGGUUACUUUGAAAACCAUCCCAAAGAACUGAGUAUUGCCGUUGGUCUAUUGUUUGACGCAACCGCCAAACAAGUAAUCAUGGUCGUCAAUACCAUUUAUGUCGGUUCCUUAGACGAAGGCACAGCGCUGCUUAAGCCAUUAUUUGAUUUAAGCCCGCUUAAUGCAAACAGCACCUACCUCCCAUGGAAAGACGUGCCAGACGCCGCGCUCUUCGGCGGCAUUGCCCAAAAUUGCCUCGUCAGACCCUUCUACGUACCCUAUACGGCCACCCUCCACGCUGUCGACGUGAAUAAGAUGAUCCGCACGGUAAACUACGUCAACGCGACAAUCCCGAAGGAUUCGAGACUGCAAACCUCCCUUGUGACGUUCACGCAGUAUUCUUCAUGGGGAUUCGAGCAGCGCCCAGCCAAUUUCUCGUCCUUUCCGCAUAGAACACAGGCAAUCUUUGCUCAAGUCGACGGCAUAGCCAAAUCCGCCUCGGAUGCCCCUACGGUCUCUUCUUUCGGCUCCCGCGUCAGAGACUUGCUCCUCCAAGAUACAGCCCCAAAUAGCCUAAUCCCAGCGAGCGAUGACGCCUCUGGAGAUGAGCCAAGCAACUCAGACAACAUCGCUUCCGCGGCGCCGCCAGCGAAGAGGAUGGAGCCUGUCUACACGCAUUUUGCUCAUGGCGACGAGGGACCCGAGGCGUGGUACUCCCCCGAGAAUCUGCCGCACUUGAGAGAGCUGAAGAAGAGGUUUGAUAGGGACGGGUUGUUUAGGUUUUAUAAUCCUAUUAGUUAG